CUGGCAACGGUGCCCAACAGCCGGCGGUGGUCCUGCAGCGCGCCGGGUGACGCUGCCCCACGCCGAGGCCGGCCGGCGUACGUCCCAGUCACCGUCGGGCUCUGGGCGUGCCUCGGGCGCCGCCGCCCCUCCGCCCUCGACCCGGAAAGGCAUUGACUGAUGCAACUUGGAUGAAUCUGGCCAUCUCCUAGGAGACUUGAAAGUUAAGUUUCUAUAAAUAAAUAAACCAGUUCUCUCUUGUUUGGAGCCAUGCUGAAAUUCCAAGAGGCUGCUAACUGUGCGAGUGGAUCAAUAGCCAUUUCCACUUAUCCAAAGACCUUGAUUGCAAGAAGAUAUGUGCUUCAGCGGAAACUUGGCAGUGGAAGUUUUGGAACUGUCUAUCUGGUUUCAGACAAGAAAGCCAAACAAGGGGAGGAAUUAAAGGUCCUGAAGGAAAUCUCUGUUGGAGGACUCAAUCCAAAUGAGACUGUGCAGGCCAAUUUGGAGGCCCAGCUCCUUUCCAAGCUGGACCACCCAGCCAUUGUCAAGUUCCAUGCAAGUUUUGUGGAGCAAGAUAAUUUGUGCAUUAUCACGGAGUACUGUGAGGGCCGAGAUCUGGACUGUAAAAUUCAGGAAUAUAAAGAAGCUGGAAAAACCUUUCCAGACAGUCAAAUAAUAGAAUGGUUUGUCCAGCUGUUGCUAGGAGUUGACUAUAUGCAUGAAAGGAGGAUACUUCAUCGAGACUUGAAAUCAAAGAAUAUAUUUCUGAAAAAUAAUCUACUUAAAAUUGGGGAUUUUGGAGUUUCUCGACUCCUAAUGGGAUCCUGCGAUCUAGCCACCACUUUAACUGGAACUCCCCAUUAUAUGAGUCCAGAGGCUCUGAAACACCAAGGCUACAACACAAAGUCGGACAUCUGGUCUCUGGCGUGCAUUUUAUAUGAGAUGUGCUGCAUGAAUCACGCAUUCACUGGCUCCAACUUCUUGUCCAUUGUUUUAAAAAUUGUGGAAGGUGACACACCUUCUCUCCCUGAGAGAUAUCCAAGAGAGCUGAAUGCCAUCAUGGAACGCAUGUUGAACAAGAAUCCAUCACUGAGACCAUCUGCUAUAGAAAUUUUAAAAAUCCCUUACAUUGAGGAACAACUACAGCACCUGAUGUGUAGAUAUUCAGAAAUGACUCUGGAAGACAAGAAUUUUAAUUGUCAGAAGGAGGCUGCUCAUAUAGUUAAUGCCGUGCAAAAAAAGAUCCACCUGCAGACUCUGAGGGCGCUGUCAGAAGUGCAGAAAAUGACACCGAGAGAAAGGAUGAGGCUGAGGAAGCUCCAGGCAGCUGAUGAGAAGGCCAGGAGGCUGAAAAAACUUGUGGAAGAAAAAUAUGAGGAAAAUAACAAACGAAUGCAAGAAUUGAGAUCUCGGAACUUUCAGCAGCUAACUGUUGACGUGCUCCAUGAAUUUGAUGACCCAACUUCAGAGAACCUGCCUGAGUCUCAGCCUGUUUCUUCCCUGGACCUCAGCACACUUGACUCAAGUGGAGAGGACACCAUAGCUGAUCUUGGAGAUCAUGAAAUCCCAGAAGACCCACUUGUGGCUGAAGAGUAUUAUGCUGAUGCGUUUGAUUCCUGUUCUGAAGAAAGUGAGGAUGAGGAAGAAGAAAUAGUGUUCUCAGGACCGGAGGAAGAGGUCAAGGAUGAGGUGCAACAGCCAGCUUACAGAACAAACCAACAGGGUCCACAGGAAAGAUGACGUGAGGCCUGCUGGAAUAUGGAACCAGGAGGAAUAGUGACCCAGCUCUAGGAAGGACCAACCAUGAAGCAGAGAAAGCUUGAGAGAGACUAAUGAGCACAAAGCUGACUUCGGAUGAGCAACUCCAAGCCUGCCACUCACGUACUCCACCUGAGGCUUUAAUCCCCCACAGCUGUCCACCUGCAGUGCCUGAUGGAGCAUACCCUGUGGUGGCCACAGGGAAAGAGAGCUUGCAGCAAAGGCUUCAGCCCACAGUGGGGCCAUCUUUUGAAAGAAGUUCCUCAUCUUUGGUCAUUUGGGAGGCAGCAACAGAAAGUUUCCCAGAAAGGUCAUGACAAAGAUUCCGCCAGAGGAAGCUCCAGUUUGGAGAGAGUCUGUGAGGUCGUAUCUGUUGCUGAGGUCGCCUCAGAAGCAGACAGAAAAUAGCCUUGUGAUAGAACAUCUGAGCGCCAAGAAGAAAAGGCAGAUUGAAGAAGAUGCCCAGUCAGCUGGCUUGGAACAAUGUUCUGCAAAUAAAAGCCUCUGAAAGAAUUCAAUGGGAAAAUGUAUUCAGAGCUUUCACAGGGUUGAGAAGCUAUACGUUUAAGUAAAAUCUGCAUGAUGAGGUAGAAACAGAGAGUAAUAAUUUUUGACUGUUGCCUUGCUGUGCGCUUUUCUUUCGUCAACUUACUCCAAAAUGGUUUAUUGAUUGCCUCCCAUGUGCCAUAGCUGAGCCAAUAAUGACUCAACAGUCAUGGUCCCUGCCCUCAGGGAGCUCAUAAUAACAAACACAACAUUAAUUAUAUCUUUGGAUAAGUGCCUCAAAAAACAAUAACAGGGCACUGCAAUGGGGUUGACCAAAGUGGUGGCAGAAACCUAAUUUAGGUGAGUGCUUAGAGAAUCUCUGAGCAGGUGGUGUAAAGUUGAGCUCUGAAGGAUGAGAAAGACAGUCCUGUAAAAAUGUGAGGCAAGAGCAUUCUUGGCCAAUGAGAAGGGCUCACGGUGGGAAAGACCUUGGUGUGUUUGAAGAAAGGAGACCAACGUGGCUGGAGCGUGGUGGGUAGGAGAGGAAGUGGAAAGAGAGGAGGUUGGAAAGAGCAAUAGGAGCUGGAUUGUGCUGGGUGUGGCAAGCCGUGACAGGAUUUUAUUCUAUACACGGGGGAUCUGGAUUUUAUUCUAUGCACGGCAACAAAGCAGUGGCUAUGAUGAGGGAGAUGGAUUAAAAUGAGGCCACAGCGGAAGCAAAGAGAGAAGUAAAGAGGUCCUUACAUGGUCUAGGCAGGAGGUCCUGGUGGCUUGAGCCAGGAUAGCUAUUGGAUUUUUGUUUGUUUGCUUUUAAUGUGUGGUUCCUUUUCUUUUAAUGGAAAAGAAAGACCUUUGUAGUACUGGUUUCUCAACUUGGUUUCUGUAAUCCUACCAGCUGAUAUUGGAGAACAUGCAUUGCCAGGGAAAUUGAUGGAGGAAUUACUGCUGAGAAAGCAGUAAAUCACUAACAAUAGAGGCCAGACACCGUAGGGACACACUAUCAUCCCUCCCAGCCUCAGCUCAUGUGCUCUCUUCCCUCCUAUCUAUGGAAAUGGAUUGUCUGACCCAAAAUGGUGGGCCAAGGCUGCAUCUGUCUUCCUCGUCUUUGUAUACAUUUGACACAUAACUGGUAUUUAAUACAUGUUUCCUGAGUAGAAGACAAGCAGGUAAUGAAGUGACACAUGUUUUUGUUUUGUUUUUGUGAACUAAAUCUUUCACCACACCUAGCUCUAAGGUGAGGAGAUAAUCUGGGUUAUUUAGUCAGACAGGACUGGCUGAUAACUAAAUGAGCAUCUUAGCAGUGUGAUUUUUAUAGGCCUGUGAAGAUGCCACUUGACUGCCUCCUUUGACCUGCCUGCUUGCUGCUGCCUAAACUUCUCCUAUUAGAAGUUAAUUCUUCUGAUAUGAGGUUGUAUCCAUUAUUGAAACAUGAAUAUCCAGAGAUAACACAUGAGACUAAUCAAUCAUCUUGGCUUUAAUGGACCUAUCGUCUCUUUUCUUGAGAGAAAGCAGAUUUUAAUAGAGAGGAGGAUGAAAAGAGUGUGAAGGCACUGUGGCUCCUUGUGGAGAAAAUGCUCUAGGUGGGAUGGGUGGAAGCGUGAAGAAAAGGGCAAGAGCAGAGAAAGAGGAGGGUUUCUAAGUGUUCACACUCUUUGACCCAAUAAUUCCAUUUCUGAAUAACUAACCUAAAGGAAUAAUAAUAAACAUGGGGUAAAGACUUAUGUGCAAAGAUAGUCAUUGCAAUAUCAUUUACAACAAAAAAAUGGAAGCAACCUAGAUGUCCAACGAUAUGGGCAUGGGUAAAUAAAUAUGAUGUGGCUUUACAGUGCAAUAUUGUGCAACCGUUAAAAUUAUGUUUCUGAAGAAUUUUUAAUAGCAUGGGAUGAAAGUCCAAACAAAAGUAUGUGUGUAUAUUUUAUGUAUACCAUACAUAUAGAGUGUAAUCUCAAAUAUCUAAAAGAUAGAUCUAUGUAGAAAAGAUUGACUAAAUAUGCAUUUAUAAUUUUGUGGGUGUAUAUGUUAAUAAUGAUGGAUCUUUGGUGAUAUUUAUUUUCUUCUGAUAAUUUUCUAUAUUUUCCAGAUUAAAAAAUAAAUACGAAUUAUUAGAGGACAUAUUAUUUUAAAUAUCUAUACAAAAUGUUGUUUAGAAGGAGAGGUUGCUCCAGAUAGCGUCUCUCUCUCUCUGUGGCUGCUAGGCAAGCAGUGCUAGUUCUCGUGAACGUUAACAGAUCUGACUGGACCUUUUUAGAACAGCUACCCUUUCCCCCUCAGAAGCAAUUUCUAAUUCAUUAACCAAAUUACUGCAUCUGUUUCUGAAAAACAAUCUGGGUGUUUGACUGAACUUGAAUCUGUGGGAUAGCUUUUUGGAGCUGAAUCUUACAAGAUAUUCCUCAUGCCUCUAAGGCCAUGUUCCUGUUAGAGAGGGGUUGAUGGUUAUGGGAGAGAAUUGAAGAACAUUUAAAUUCAUCAGCAAAAAAGCCAUUAGGUUAAUUUCACAGCAUUUGAAAAUCAGCCUCCUGGCCCUUGGCUGAAAUGACUGAAGGCUGGUAGCACCGUAACUUGGCAUCCAGCAAGAUGUGGUUGCUCACUCAGGCCACUUAGUUCUGUCAGAGAUCAAUUUUUUAAUUUUUUUUUUGAGGAAGAUUAGCCCUGAGCUAACUGCUGCCA